GGAGGCGGCCGGCGGCGGGGGGAGGUGAGGAAUGGGCCGGGGGCAAAUCUGAUUGUUUUGGUGGUAUAUAAGGGGUUUUAAGGAGAGUCGUGUGCCAGACACGCAGCCGCUGAACCACAGGCAGUUUCGCUUUAACUCGAGUGCCUGGGAGUCGCGUGCCAGGAGCCGCACGGCCGGGGACUGACUGACAGACGGACGCGCACUAGCUGCACAGCAUACGAGACCCAGGUGGGCGGAGGCGGCCGCGGAGCGCUUGGCAAAGUCGCGGGACCCGCGAACCCCGGUCUAGGCGCGCCACCCUAGAGCCGGGCGGAGGCUCUGCAGCAGAGCCGGACUGGCUGCGGGAACAUUCCGCGACACGCGCCAGACAGUCACGCGGGUACAUUCUGAGAGCCGACGAGGAUGUUUGUCAAAUCUGAGACUUUGGAGUUGAAGGAGGAGGAGGACUUGCUGGUGCUGCUGGGCUCCGCGUCCCCGGCUUCGGCGACCCUGACUUUGUCGUCCAGCGCGGACGAGGAGGACGAGGAGCCCCGCCGGAGCCGCGCUGCCCGCGGGCAGCUUGGGGCCGAAGCUGGGCAGGGGGCGCCGGGCGGCUUGGCACCUGGGGUCGGGGGCUGCCGGCCCGCGCGCUUGCUGGGCCUGGUGCACGAGUGCAAGCGGCGCCCCUCUCGCUCACGGCCGGUGUCCCGCGGCGCCAAGACCGCCGAGACCGUGCAGCGCAUCAAGAAGACCCGCCGGCUGAAGGCCAACAACCGCGAGCGCAACCGCAUGCACAACCUCAACGCGGCGCUCGACGCGCUGCGGGAGGUGCUCCCCACGUUUCCCGAGGACGCCAAGCUCACGAAGAUCGAGACCCUCCGCUUCGCGCACAAUUACAUCUGGGCGCUCACGGAGACCCUGCGCCUGGCUGAUCACUGCGGGGGCGGCGGCCUCCCCGGGGCGCUCUUCUCCGACGCGGUGCUGCUGAGCCCCGGAGCAGGAGCUGCGCUGAGCGCCAGCGGGGACAGCCCGUCGCCGUCCUCCGCGUGGAGCUGCACUGACAGCCCCGCGUCGUCCUCUGCGUCCUCCAGCUCCAAGUCCCCGUACAGCUGCUCCUUAUCGCCGGCCAGCCCCGCAGGGUCAGACGUGGACUACUGGCAGCCCCCAGCUCAGGACAAGCACCGCUAUGCGCCUCACCUGCCCCUAGCCGGGGACUGUAUGUGAGCAGCCACCUCUGCCACCCACGCCCGGCGUCGGGACGCUCCUUUCCUGUCCUCGCCUGUCCCCCUGCCCCCACUGUCCACACCCUGGCAACCGCUUCACCGAGCAGGCUUAGCUUUGGUGAACUCUUGGGUGGAUGGUGCAUUUGGCUGUGGGUUAACUUCGU